GUCUUGUGUUUGCCAGAUCAGCCAGACAGCCAUCGUUCAGCGAGGUCACUGUGCUUUGCCUCUUCUGCUCAUCUAGAAGUAUGGAGUUCUGCUUUCUGAUCGUCGCUUUCCUCUUUGCUUUCAGUCUCUCCAGUGGAGAAAGGACGCUCAAGUUUGUCACUGUGCUUUAUCGUCAUGGGGACAGAUCUCCAAUCAAGUCCUAUCCAACUGAUCCCUAUAAGGAGAGCGACUGGCCCCAGGGGUUUGGACAGCUCUCUCGGGAGGGAAUGGAGCAGCAUUUUGAACUGGGUCGGUUUUUAAAGAAACGGUACACAGGAUUCCUGAGUGAGGACUAUGACCGGCAUGAGAUAGUCAUAAGAAGCACAGAUGUUGACCGCACUCUGAUGAGUGCAGAAGCGAACCUGGCUGGCAUGUUCCCACCUAAUGGUUCUGAGGUGUUUAAUCCAGAUUUGAAAUGGCAACCAAUACCUGUUCACACUGUCCCAGCAGAUGAAGAGAAGCUGCUUUCAUUCCCUCUGAACGACUGUCCACGUUACACACAGUUAAUGAACGAGACUGAAAAAACAGACUUUUUUCUUAACAUGACUGAAACCUACAAGGACUUCAUAGAGAUGGUGAAAAAUAAAACAGGACUGGAGAAAACUAACAUUGAGACAGUUUGGAGUGUGUAUGACACAUUGUUCUGUGAGGCAAAUCACGGGAUGCGACCACCAGACUGGGUGACCUCGAGUGUGAUGGAGACGCUAAAGGUGUUAAAGAACUUCGGUUUUCAGAUUAUGUUUGGAGUCUACAAGAGAAAGGAGAAGUGCAGACUUCAGGGAGGCCUGCUGUUAGAUCAGAUCAUUAAGAAUCUCUCAAAUGCAGCAGCACUGGACUCUAAACAGAAAGUGAAGAUGAUGGUAUACUCCGCACAUGACACAACAGUCGUAGCCCUACAGGAAGCUCUGAAUGUUUUUAAUGGUCUGCAGGCACCUUAUGCCUCGUGUCAUCUAAUUGAACUUCACCAGGAAGAGAACGGGACAUUUACAGUGGAGAUGUUUUAUCGCAAUGACACUAAUGUGUCUGAGCCGUACCCUCUGUCUUUACCGGGCUGUCUCCAGCGCUGCCCCCUACAGGACUUUGUGAACCUCACACGUGAAGUCAUCCCACAAGACAGGAAUAAAGAGUGUCAGAUAAAGAAGGAACCCACAGACACUGAGGUCAUCAUCGGGCUGGCCGUGUGUGGAUGUCUUCUCUUCCUCCUGAUACUGCUGCUGUUUGUAAUGCUGUGCCGUCUAAAAGAGCCCACGGCUGGCUACAGUCAUGUCAUAAACGAGAGUGACUCCUGACAAUCAUAUCCACUCCUCCGCAAAGAGGAACUGUGGGACAGUGAGGAGGACCUAUGAGGACACCACGCCAAGUUGUUGAGAAACUCUAAAGACGGAUCUCUUUUUUGUAACACAUUUUUUAUAUUGGGGAAGAGUUGGUAAUGUUUUUUUUACUUACUUGUAACCUUAAAGGGGGGGUGAAAUGCUCGUUUUCACUCAAUAUCCUGUUAAUCUUGAGUACAUAUAGAGUAGUACUGCAUCCUUCAUAAAUCCAAAAAGUCUUUAGUUUUAUUAUAUUCAUAAGAGAAAUAUAGUCUGUACCGAUUUUUCCCGGAAAAACACGACCGACUGGAGGCGUGACGUGUGGGCGGAGCUAAAGAAUCACGAGCGCGAAUAGGCUUUUGCGUUGAGAGCAUGUGGAAGCUGUGACAUUACCGUGAGGGAAAACCCAUCCUCCAAAACAAACCAUGGCUUACAGUCAGAUUCAGCCGUUUAUUUAUGAUCCAGAAUCAGAUCCAGAGGCUGAAACUGAACGAAAGCAGCAGCAGCAAUGACUUGCUCCGAGCGGGGCUCGAACCCGCGUCUCUGGCAUGGGAGGGGACGCACUAACAAGAAGGCAGAGAUAUUUGAAGCAGUUUUACUCACCGCCUGCGGAUCCAACACAUGAUCGUGACUCUUUUUCCUUGGGAUUGCAUCAUCCUUAAGAAAUAAACGAAACGCAAAUCCGUCGUCAAACUGGGCCUUGUGAACAAGCAUCUUCGAAAUGCAGGGAACAAACAAAAACACUUGCACAACUCCUUUGAUGCUCUGUAAAAAUAAACUCCAUCCACUGGUCCCUUAAUGCCGGUUUUUUUUUUUUUUUUUUUGGUAAUCUGUGCAGGCUUGUCUUGCCCUGGCAACCAAAAACACACUUCUUUUGUGACUUUUCGCGACGCUCUCGCUCUGAUCAGUGAAUCGCUCUGAUCAGUGAAUGUCUCGGCUGUGCUCUGCUAUACGGGAGCGUGUGCUCUUCCGGCAGAAGUGCGUCAGGACCCAUAUAAGGAAAUUCCGCUCCAUCUAACGUCACACAGAGCCAUACUCGAAAAAAACUUUCCGAAACUUGUGACAAACCGGAAGGAGUAUUUUGGGAACAAAAAUACUCCUUCAAAUGUACAACUUAAUUUUUGAAACUUUGUCCAUGUUUAGCAUGGGAAUCCAACUCUUUAACAGUGUAAAAAACUCAGUAUGCAUGAAAUAGGAUUUCACCCCCCCCCCUUAAGCAUUUUUAGAGAAAAAGGGAAUCGUGCUGGGAUGGCGUCAUUACGUUAACUUAACACAGUGCUUCGUGCACAGAUCCAUAACUGAGCAGCUGUGACUUCAUGUGUGUCUUCGGCUCUGGGAUUUUAUUGUAACAGAAGAUUGUGUACAAAAUUCAAUGAGGGAACUAAAACUUGAGACUGACGCUCUUCCAGAGGUGCGAGUCCUCUCUGAAACACAAGGAUUGUUGGCGUCCUGCUGUUUGUGCUCCCAGGCCAUUAAUUCUACUAUAUUUGUGAACGCCUGAAGAUUCAGAUGGGGCAAGAAUUUAACCUUCAUACUCCUCAUGUGAUUAUCUCCUGAUUUACAGCCACAGAAGAGUUUUGAUUAGUAAAUUUUAGAAUUAUAGCUGAUAUGAACUGUAUUUUCAGGUUUUAUUGGAGUGAUUGUUUUCAUAUUGUGUAGUUUCCUUAAUGUUUUGUUAUUCUACAUUGAUCAUGUGAAUACAAAUAAAAUUGUAUAUUCAGUUGUGAAAGAUGAUUUAAUGCAUCAAUUCAGUAAAAAUCAGUUCUAGGUGCAUCAUAUUUAAUACGAAAUUGACUGAUAAACAUGCACAAGAAGUAAAAAAAUAAAAUAAUUGUCACUCAACAUUAA